ACUAUGUAAGAGAAGGGGAAGGGAGUUCAGGCUUGUAGCUGCCAAGACUGCUGGACCUUUUAGGUUGUGUCGCUGAAUUAAAAAUCCAACCGAUGCAAGCUGCUUGAGUUUACCAAAAUGUGCAGUCUCAUGAUCCCCAGUUACAAAAUUUCAGCUCCUGUUCAUGUUAAUAGAGGCUUAGAAAAAUAACUGGCUCAGUCUCCUGCAGUCCAGAUCCAGAGACCUCACACAGCUAAUAUACUGGUAUUUUAAGCAGGCUCUUCCUAUUAGACAAACCAAAAAUCCAAUCCAAACUGGCAUCAAUGAGGUGUUAUCCCAUCUGUAAACUUCCAGGAAGAGUUAUGGGAAUCCGACUACUUCAUUUCUCUUCUGUGGUGAUCCUUGUCUUACUCCUUGUGGCAGGUGCCUUAACGGCUUUACUUCCAAAUAUUAAAGAUGACAAAAUGCCCAAUUUGCGAAGGGAGCCAAAAUCCCAGAGCCAGUCUGCCUUGGAUUCAUUUACUCUUAUUAUGCAGACAUACAAUAGAACUGACUUAUUGCUCAAGCUUUUAAAUCAUUAUCAAGCCAUCCCCCACCUGCACAAAGUGAUUGUUGUAUGGAACAAUGUUGGGGAGAAGAUACCAGAGGAAACGUGGAAUUCUUUAGGACCCCAUCCUGUCCCUGUGGUCUUCAAAGUGCAAACUGUGAAUCGCAUGAGGAACAGACUCCAGAUUUUCCCUGAACUGGAAACAAAAGCUGUUUUAAUGAUGGAUGACGACACACUAGUUAGUGCUCAUGACCUAGCCUUUGCCUUCUCUGUUUGGCAGCAAUUUCCAGAUCAGAUAGUGGGCUUUGUUCCUAGAAAGCACAUUUCCACUCCUUCAGGUAUAUACAGUUACGGCAGCUUUGAAUUGCAGACACCUGGAUUUGGAAAUGGGGAUCAAUACUCAAUGAUUUUGAUAGGUGCAGCAUUCUUCCACAGUGGAUACCUAGAACACUUUCAAAAGGAUCUGGAAGCUGUCCACGCUUUAAUAGAUGAAACACAAAACUGUGAUGAUAUUGCCAUGAAUUUCCUAGUGGCAAAGCACAUUGGAAAGUCUUCAGGAGUAUUUGUGAAGCCUGUUGACAUAAGGAAUUUAGAAAAAGAAACCAACAGUGGUUAUUCUGGAAUGUGGCACCGUGCAGAGCACUUAUUACAAAGGUCUUACUGUCUAAACAAGUUGGUUAAUAUUUAUGAUGGCAUGCCCUUAAAAUAUUCUAACAUUAUGGUUUCUCAGUUUGGUUUCCCUAACUAUGCCAAUCACAAAAAUAAAAUGUAAGGAUGAAAUGUUAAGAGAGUAUGAGUUAAACAUCAAUUUGUGAGUUUAAGUUAGUGUAAAUUAGUGUUUUGGCUGAAAGGCCUGAAGAAGCUAUACAUUACUUCAGCUUGGCCUCCCACACAGACAGCCUCUGAAUUUUGCCCAUAAUACUUUUGCCCAUAACCUUUCUUUCGUUUAAUUUUUCCAGAGUAAGUUGUUACAAAAGCAAAAUAACUCUAUAUAUUUAAUAAUUAAUUUUGAUAACACAAUAUUCUUCCUCUGUUGUUUAAAAAACUCUUACCAUUCAAAUUACAGCCAAAUCUUCAAAGGUGCGGGUAGGCAUGAACGUAUGCUUUUUGGAGAUUUUUUUUUUUUGGUUUCUUUUUAAUGUAAAUACCUAGUUAAAUAAUGUUUUGACAUAUGCUUGUUUUAUAUGUUGAGACUUCUCAACAAUUCUGGUGAAAAAUGUAAAGGGCUCCAGCAAGCUGUUGUGUUAGACUCUCUUAUUAAUGUUUUUAAAGUUAUAGAAAAAGGAGAGUCUCAAUAUUAAACACAUGUGGAGGCAUUUUCUACAACACCUGCCAGUGCUGAGUUAGUGGAAUGUUAUGUUGCUGAUGCAACCUUUUUCACUAUUAUUCCUUGGCCCACAGUUACUGGGACACCGAUCAGUAGCUGAAAGCAAAUAUUGUUGAUGGCUAAUUCAGAGAAGAACAUUGAAUGCUUAAUGUAUGAAUCAAAGGAAAUGUAGAUAAUAAAUGUAAGAUAAUUACCAUGUACAGUAGACAUCCAAAACAGACUUGUGCCAUAUUUACUACUUAAUACAGUCUGUAGACUUUACUUCUAUUUCAGUAUUUUGCACAUGCAUUAUGGUAGAAAAAUUUGCCUGAGAAAGCUACUCAUGUUUUUAAGAAUGUUUUCAGUACAGAUAUAUUUUGUGUCUACCCAAUUGUUUUGCAUCUGAUUCAGAAUGUACAUUUUAUAAGUUUACAGGUCAAACAUUAUUUUAAAAUAUUUUAAUUAAAGAUGUUUGUUCCAUUUAUCUCCCCUUUCAAAUGGCAAAGCUAAACAACUUCUGUGACAGUAGAAGAUAAAAUGUCAUGCAUCUAAUGGAUAAACAUUAGGAGGUAUGCUUCAGAGUACAAUCUUGCACUGACCAGAGUUGGGUCUUUUCAACCUGUGAACUCUGUGGCCACACAUGCCCUAAGUAACAAGUCAGUUUCUGAGUGUGUUUGUCAGCUUUGGAUUCCUUAACAGGUAUUGCAGCUACUUUACUGUAAUCAGGAGUGGGUUGGUAACGUACAGUCCACAGAGGCAUUUUACCCAGCCUGCAAAUUUGGGGCUUCAGAGAUGGGAGCUUUUUCCUGGGACUACAAGAAGAAAUAGUGAUGGCUGCUGGGUCCCAGUGCCCGAUCAUCUGUGUGUGACCUAAGCUGGGUCAUUCCAGCCCACAACCUAAAAAUGUUGCAAAGUGCUCUUUUAAAUGGUAACGAAGACAGGACAAAAACCAUUUUAACAUAGCUACAGAGCAUGUUCUCCAGCUGUGAAGGACAUGAGUGGGUAUAAAGGCACUAUGGCUUUAAGCACUGAUACAAUUGGAUCACUGUGGACCAUGGGGGAUCCAAGACUCAUAAUUAAAAAAAUGUUUAGUCUCAUCUACACUAACACUUAGAUCCCCCUGAACCACUACAGAGAGAGAGCUGUGGCAGACAACCACUGUCGGUUAGGAGGAAUCACUUUCCUUCUGCAGAUGUGAUUCCAUCCUUCUAGUAAUAUGUUAGUUGAAUAAAAAUGAUGCUUAAAUAACAUCACAGGCUGAUUCUGGGCAUUCUUUUUAUGCUUGUUUUGUCGUUUGUAUUAUAAGGACUUGUUUUAGGUACAACGCAAUCUUCCUAACUUUAGGGCUUUUAUAAAGUGUAGGUGGCAAAGUGUGUCUUAAUGUGGAGACUUAAAGUCUGCUUACUGCUUUUGUUGUAGUGAUAAAAGUAGCUUUUAAUGAUGACACCUGUAGUGAUAACCAGUAUACAGAUAAAUAUCUGUGGUCUUUCUAACUGUGUAUUUCCAAUGAUGCAAACCUUCUUACAGUAAUUCAUUGUGCAGUAUUUAACUUAACAGUGCUUCUGUAAUUUCUACUCUGUGCAGUAUCAGCUGGAACUACCAAGACUCACAGAUGGUGUUUAUUUCACUUAUAAAAUGUAAAACAUAUUAUUUACUCUGCCAAAUCUUAGUGGAUUUUUUUCUUUGUUUUGUUUACUCUGUAUUGGUUCAUGAAUUAAUAAAAUAAACCUUUUAUCAUAGUGGUUAA